CUUCCUUGGCGUAUUGGAAUCAAAAUCCUGCUCCUCUCCACAAUUUCACAAGCAUAGGUGUUCUCUCUCUCUCUCUCUCUCUCCCUCUCCCUCUCCCUCUAGUUGUCUCUCCCUCAAUAGUCUUUCUCUCACUAGAAGGUUUCUCUCUGCAAUGGUGUUUUGCUCUCUCUCUCUCCCUCCCUCUGUAGUGUUUCUCUCUCUAGAAGGUUUUUCUCCGUAGUGGUUUCUUCCUCUCUCUCUCUCUCUCUCUCUCUCUCUCUUUCUCUGUGUUUUGGAAUGGUUACGAAGGAAUCAGGGUUUCAAGCCAUGGCUGGGCCGCCGCAGCCUCUCCUUGAAAGGCUCAAGGAUUAUGGGCAGGAAGACGCUUUUGCCCUCUGGGACGAGCUUUCUCCCUCGGAACGAGAAAUUCUCGUCAAGGACAUUGAGAGCUUGGAUCUCCCAAGGCUUGAUAGGAUCCUUCGCUGCUCUCUUCGAUCUCAAGGGCUUCCUACACCUGCCAUAGAGCCUGUGUCAGAGGCUAAUGUUUCAACCAUCGAAGAAAGGACAAUGGAGGAGAGAGAAAGGUGGUGGAAGAUGGGUUUGAAGGCUAUCUCAGAGGGGAAAUUGGCUGUGCUUCUUUUGUCUGGAGGCCAGGGUACAAGGCUGGGAAGUUCAGAUCCUAAGGGAUGCUUUAAUAUUGGACUUCCAUCAGGGAAAUCAUUGUUUCAACUUCAGGCUGAGAGAAUUUUGUGUGUUCAGAAACUUGCAGCUCAGUCUGUUGCUGAUGGCGCAGGUGGUUUUGUUCCAAUACAUUGGUACAUAAUGACAAGUCCAUUUACUGAUGAAGCAACACGCAAAUUUUUUGAAAGUCAUAAAUACUUUGGUUUAGAAGCAGAUCAAGUAACAUUCUUCCAACAAGGGACUCUACCUUGUGUCUCAAAGGAUGGCAGGCUUAUUAUGGAAACUCCUUUCAGUGUGGCCAAGGCUCCAGAUGGAAAUGGAGGCGUUUAUUCUGCUUUGAAAUCUUCGAAGUUAUUGGAAGAAAUGGCAAUGAGAGGGGUGAGAUAUGUGGAUUGCUACGGUGUUGACAAUGCACUGGUACGCGUUGCAGAUCCAACCUUUUUAGGGUAUUUCAUAGAUAAAGGCAUAACAGCAGCAGCGAAAGUUGUCCGCAAGGCUUAUCCACAAGAAAAGGUUGGCGUGUUUGUUCAGCGGGGCAAAGGUGGGCCUCUAUCAGUUGUUGAAUACAGUGAACUAGACCAAUCAAUGGCUUGUGCUAUCAAUCAGGGGACUGGACGACUUCGUUUUUGUUGGAGUAAUGUGUGCCUGCAUAUGUUUACUCUGGACUUUUUGAACCAAGUUGCAAAUGGACUAGAAAAGGACAGCAUUUAUCACCUGGCUGAGAAGAAAAUCCCUUCAAUUCAUGGACAUACCACUGGCUUAAAGUUAGAACAGUUCAUAUUUGAUGCAUUUGCUUAUUCUCCUUCAACUGCCCUCUUUGAGGCUGUACGUGAAGAGGAGUUUGCGCCAGUUAAGAAUGCUAAUGGAUCGAGUUAUGACACUCCAGAUAGCGCUCGACUGCUUGUCCUACGUCUACACACACGAUGGGUUGUUGCUGCUGGCGGAUUUCUGACACAUUCUGUGCCCCUAUAUGCAACUGGAGUGGAAAUUUCGCCUCUUCUUUCAUAUGCUGGAGAAAAUCUCGAAGCGAUAUGUCGGGCAAGAACAUUUCAUGCACCAUGUGAAAUUACAUAUUGAGCUUGGCAGUUCCAUUUUCUGCCGCUCCUCAUUUAUCACCAUAUGAAGCCUUGCAGGAUGGGAAAGCGAUUUCUUCUGAGUUCUAGUCUUCACUGAUACCAUGAUGGAUAUAUCACACAUUGAGCGCAUAUGUUUGCAGACCUUUUCCCCUUCCUUCCAGCAUAUCCCGCACUCUGCCUCCGCCCCUUUCCAAUGUAGGAAUCAACUUUUAUCUGCAGUUUCCUUAUACAUGCAGCUUUAUAUAUAUUUGUUGCAGUUUCUUCCCUUUUUCGAUAUUGGCAAAUGUAAGUGCCUUGUGGAUUCCACCGUCAUCAGCUUUAUGUUUUUUGUCUUUAUAUAAUGCAUCUAGAGGAUGUCUGCGUGAA